UGACCAAAUUUUUUCACCCUCCCACUUCCAUGUAAAUCCCUCUCCAGAGAAAAGAAGCUCUUUUGCUUUGUUAGAUCUAUCUGCCUUCUUGUUUGUUGAAGUUUAAAAUUUUCUGUACAAAUACCUUCGUUCGCUACCAUUAAUGAUUACUAGCUCUGUUUUUCCGCUGGAAUGAUCUUAGUCCAAGGCGUAUAUCAAGACAUUAAGUUUCUUCUUCCAUUUCCCAGAUCUGCUACUGGCAUUGUUCUUUUGUUUUUCUGUAAAUUGGGUGUUUUAUUUAUGAAAGUUCCUUCAUUGUGAUACUAUUUGAUCUGGGUUUGGUCGAAUAUUGCCGGGGGAAACGAAGGUUUUGAUUUUUGUGGCGAAACUCUUAGCUUGAUAACGGUGGCAAUGAAAAUGGUGGGAGCUCUGGUUGUGUUUCUUUUCCUGGUUUCUGGUUUGAGAGUGGAAGCAGAUGGGUCAAAUCAUAAGUACCACAGGCAGAAGGCAGAGCUGGUCAGAGAAAUUCUGACAUCAAAAGCAAAUUUUGUAGCUGCUUCUCAGCUUCAAAACAGCAAUUGCAAAUGGUCCCAGAAACCCCCUUUCUCAGUAAUAGCAGUCAUGAGCAUGGAGAAUGAAACUGAGACCUUAGACGAUAAUAGAAAUAGGAGGCCAUGUUCCGACAGAAAAUGGAAUCAUGUUCUUGUCUCCCUGCCUCCUGAAACAUAUCGGUACUAUGAUCUUCCUUUCUGUUCACCAGAACAUGUGAAGGAGAAGAGGGAAGAUCUUGGAGAAGUACUGAAUGGUGAUCGCUUGGUUGAUGCACCAUAUGAGCUGAAUUUUCGAGUGGACAAGCACAAUGAAAUCCUCUGCAAAAAGACAUUAUCAAAAGAGGAAGUUGCUCAACUGAGGACUGCUGUGUUGAAGGACUAUUACUUCCAGAUGUAUUAUGAUGACCUACCCUUCUGGGGAUUCUUAGGCAAAGUUGAAAGGGAUGACAAGAUGGAUCCAAGCGAGUACAAAUACCUGUUGUUUAAACAUAUCCACUUCGAUGUUCUUUAUAACAAUGACCGUGUCAUAGAGAUCAAUGUUCAAACUGACCCAAAUAUGUCUGUGGACAUCACAGAGGACAAGGAAGUUGAGGCUGAAUUUACGUAUUCAGUUAAGUGGAAGGAGACUGAUAUUCCUUUUGAAAAGAGAAUGGAGAAGUAUUCCAAGUCGUCAUCAAUGCCACAACACUUGGAAAUCCACUGGUUCUCAAUAAUUAACUCUUGUGUGACUGUUCUCCUCUUGACUGGGUUCCUUGCUACCAUUCUAAUGCGGGUGCUCAAGAAUGACUUCAUUAAGUAUUCACAUGAUGAAGAAUCAGUUGAUGACCAAGAGGAGAGUGGGUGGAAGUAUAUUCAUGGGGAUGUCUUUCGAUUCCCGAAAUACAAGUCCCUAUUCUCAGCCGUUCUUGGCUCAGGAACUCAGCUCCUUGCCCUUGCGUUGUUCAUUUUCCUUCUUUCACUAGUCGGGGUGUUCUAUCCAUACAACAGGGGAGCUCUUUUCACAGCUCUGGUUGUCAUAUAUGCACUUACCUCUGGAAUUGCAGGCUACACUGCCACAUCAACCUAUUUGCAAUUAGAAGGAACUAACUGGGUGAGAAACUUGUUGCUGACAGGUUGCUUGUUCUGUGGACCUCUGUUCUUGACAUUCUGCUUCCUCAACACUGUUGCUAUUGUAUAUAGUGCCACUGCAGCUUUACCAUUUGGAACGAUCUUGGUCAUUCUUCUCAUUUGGACAUUGGUAACUUCACCUUUGCUUGUAUUAGGUGGUAUUGCUGGUAAGAACAACAAGACAGAAUUCCAGGCUCCAUGUCGCACUACAAAGUAUCCUAGAGAGAUCCCUCCAUUGCCAUGGUACAGGGGAACUAUCCCUCAGAUGGCAAUGGCAGGUUUCCUGCCAUUCAGUGCCAUCUAUAUUGAACUGUACUACAUUUUUGCAAGUGUAUGGGGCCACAAGAUUUACACCAUAUAUAGCAUCCUCUUCAUUGUUUUCAUCAUCCUCAUCAUUGUCACGGCAUUCAUCACUGUAGCAUUGACGUAUUUUCAGCUUGCUGUUGAGGACCACGAAUGGUGGUGGAGGUCUGUUCUUUGUGGAGGCUCAACCGGAGUAUUCAUCUAUGGCUACUGCUUGUACUACUACUAUGCAAGAUCAGACAUGUCUGGUUUCAUGCAGACAUCUUUCUUCUUUGGUUACAUGGCCUGCAUCUGUUAUGGGUUCUUUCUCAUGCUUGGGACUGUUGGUUUUCGUGCUUCACUGCUGUUUGUGCGCCACAUUUAUCGCUCAAUUAAGUGCGAGUAGAUGUUUGGUUUGGCCACUUCUGCCCAACUGUUCAUCAAAUCGCUGAGUUAACAUUAUAGAAGUAGAUGAGACUUGAGAGUGCUCAAUCAAGUGCGUAAAGGUGUUUGGUCUGGUCACUACUCAAUUGUCCUGCCAACUGUAGGUCGCAUAGUUCUGAGUCAAUACUGUAGUAGUAGAGCAAUUUUCCUUUGCUUGCUUUUGCCAAUUUUUCAUCUAAAUAAGGAAAAUAUUAUUUUAUCACGAAAAAUUAUAAUCUAUGGUUUCUUUAUUUUUGAAUCCCAUUAUUAUAUUUACAUUUCUUUCAUAGAGGAUUUAGCAUCAGCCUUUAUGUAGUUUAUCUAGGAUUUAAUAACAGUAGCAAAUUACCCGUUCCAUAGUGAAGAUGUCCAAUGCUUGAUCGUUCUUUUUGGUUGGAAAGAGUAGCCAGUUUAUAAGCUCUAAACCAAUGUACAUUUUUAUUUGUAAUGCUAUUUUGUUCUAGGUUGUUUAUGCCUUAUUGUAUGUUAUGAAUAUGAUAUUGACUGUUUUUUCAUAA